CUGAAAAGGGAAGAAUUCGGUUACAGCUCUACAUUUGAGUUUGGAAGGUCAUCUUACUCUGUUUUAUUUCACGGUACAAUAAUGAAGAUUCAAUUUCUGCUCUUCUGCUUUCUAACGGUUACUGGUUUUGUGGAGAUCCGUCCUCAGAUCUUCACUGUGCACAUGGGGGAAGACUUCAAAAGCAUCUUCAAAAGCUUCACUAAACUCCAGGGGGUGAUCUUGAUAUAUUUGUGCCGGAUGCCCUGUGUGCAGCCCAUGCACAAUCUGAUAGAGGUGCACGGCAGGAGGACCAAGAGCGGACGUUACAGCCUUCGACUGGAGAACCUUUUGGAAGUGCACUUGGCCAUCACGCAGGUGGUGAAAGAGGACACAGGCCUUUACAAACUGGGGGUCAGUGCUAUGAAAUUGGAGGAGGAGGUCAUUUUUCGGCUCAUUGUCAAAGACUUGUGUGACGGAGGUGUAUUCAUGGACAGAAACCAAGAGUACCGGGUCACCGAAGGCUCCAACCUCUCUGUGAAAUGUUACCUCACCCUACAGCCUCGAAACAGGAAGUUCUUGUGCCGUGAUCAGUGCUCCGCUUACCUCAUCGACACCAACGAUCCGAAAGGAUACAGCUCCAAGUACGGUGUGGAGUACCUCAGUUAUAAUUCCUUCAAAGUGAUGAUGUACAACCUGAGUGCCCAGGACUCGGGGCGGUACUGCUGUGGGGUGGGGCGGGAGAACAGUCCCAACUUCUGCCAGGAGUUCACCGUCAGAGUGAAUGGUGCAAGCCAAGACAACCCAAUAGAAGAGAAGAAGCGCCUAAGAGAUCCAGAUUUGAUUGAAGAAGACCACGAACCAGAUUUUUCCCUCAUGUUCGUAAACUACACUGAAGAUGACUAUCAGCCAGAUUCUUCCCCAACGGUGCCAAACUUGACUCAAGAUUACCAUCAAUCAGCUCUUUGUGCGGAGGGGACUGGCCUGGCCCUGCCCAUAGUCACCUCUGUGCUUGGGGGCAUCAUACUCAUCCUGGUGUCUCUUCUGAUCCACAUGUGGAAGAAGAAAACCCAAUCUCCCCACUAUAUGAACUGCAGCCCAGACAUGCCGAUGAGUCCUGCAGAGCGGCAAUCACAGACUGCAUCAUGUGACAAUAAUGACCCAGUGUACUCCAGCUUAAGCCCAGUGAACAGAGAUUCCGAAUACUACCCACUCAAACAUCAGCAGACUCAUGACUAUUUGCAUGUUAUCUGACAAAAAAAAGUAUAGCAGUGUCAGUAAAGCCCAAGGACUAAAACCUUUAAUACAACAUACCGUAUAUCAACCUUAUAUUGAAGUAAUUAUUGAUGUAAUUUUGGAGUGAAGGCAUCUUGAGUGGAGGAGAAUAAAGAUUACUCAAACAUUGUACUAAACACAGCUUUAACAUGGCUCCCUGGCUGGUACACUGGGCAUUUUUUGGCAUCAUAACAUUGAAUUUUACCCAACUAAGAAGUGCAACAUGGUGUUCAAAGGACAGUUAGAUCUGUUUUUCCUGUAUCCACAAAUACUGUGCACGGAGCUAAAGAGCAGCUGAGAUACUAUAGACUUUUUAGACCAAAUGCAGCUGAAGACCUUCCAGAGGAAACACUUCUUGGGAACGCCCCAUCUCAUCACCAACCAAAAUAACAGAGCAGAGUGAGAGUGAGGCUUAGGGGGGAGGCUUUCCUGUUGUGUGUCCAGAGUAGAGCCUUGAACUCUCGGGACCCGCGGGACCCGACGCAAAACAGUGUGGAGCGGGACGCAUUUUGAAAGCUCACUGCGGGUGUGGGCGGGAGUGGGACUGCACAAUGCGAGAGCGGGCGGGUGGGAUGAUAAACUGCAGUCCUGUAAACUAAAUAUGAGUGUAAAGUAAAAUAUACAAAUGAUUAAUGUACACUAGAGCUGGGUAUCAUUAAGAAGUUGCCGAUACGAUACAUAACUUAAUUCAUAGGCCACAAUUCGAUUCGAUACGAUAUACUUCAAAUCGAUUCGAUACAAUUCAAUAAAAAUACAGACUAAAUCAUGGCUGUGAUGCUUAAAGUCUUUGUUAAAUGACUUUUUGUGCAAAGUGAAUAUGAAACACAGUGAAAAUGUUAGAUGUGCUACAUGAUAGAGUUUCCUUCCUCUAAACAAGCAACAAACUGUAGUGCUGUAACAAAAUGAUUUAGUAAAAUAUACAAAAAAAUACUCUUGGCAAUAUAUCGAUACAGCAGCCCACAAUAUCAGUACUGUAUAAUCAUAUUAAGCGAUACGAUAUAUAGAUAUUUCAAUAGUUUUACACACAUCUAAUGUAUGCCUAUUAUACAUAAUUUGUGCUGGAUAUUUUAUUUGGCAUUAAUAAAAACAUUUUAAGCAGCCUAAAUUUGGUCUAAUCUCGCACACAUUUUAGAUAAUUCUUUCCUCUUCUCCAUGUUUGAUAGAGUUUAGGAAAGCGAACAUCCCCAUCUUGCGGGAUUUGCGGAUGGGAGCAGAACAAAAUAUUGCAGAUGCAGGCAGGAGUGGGAAUGAAAAUUCUGUUCCACCCAAACCUCUAGUGCAGAGUUUUCCUGGCUUCCCCCUGGAGGCUGCUAUGAUGCUGCAGGAUACAGAGGACAGAGACAGCACAGGAGAGGCACUCUUUAUUUCCUGGAAUGCUACUGUCCUCAGACUGUCCUGAAAUGAGGUCUUCUUGCUCUACUAAUCCUCCUGUUACGAUGCACAGAGACUCAAAGGUGGAAAUGUUGCUGCAGCUAAACUGUAUCCAUCUAUUAACUUUAUCUAAGCAGUAUCUAUGUAUCUUAAAAUAAUAAUAAAAUAAUUCUGUGUUUUACUCAC